AUGGCAAAUCGACUAACGGCGAAUGGCGAGACCCGGAGCUACACAUCUAAGAAGGCGUCCAGGGACUACGAAUCGUCUUUGGAACUCUCGGUGCAAGCGCGGAUUUUUAAAAUUAUUGUAAUCGGGGACUCCAAUGUCGGUAAGACGUGCCUGACCUUCAGAUUCUGCGGAGGGACGUUUCCCGAUAAGACCGAAGCCACCAUAGGGGUGGAUUUCCGAGAGAAACCCGUGACUAUAGAAGGAGAAACGAUCAAGAUUCAGGUCUGGGAUACAGCCGGGCAAGAACGAUUCAGAAAAAGCAUGGUACAACACUACUAUAGGAAUGUACAUGCUGUGGUAUUUGUGUAUGAUGUAACAAAACUGGCUUCCUUUGAAAACCUGAAAGCUUGGAUUCAAGAAUGCAACAACCACUCAGUUUCGCCCCAUGUGCCACGGGUGCUGGUGGGCAACAAGUGUGAUCUCACCAAUGAGAUCCAGGUAUCUUCCAACAUAGCACUCCGCUUCGCAGAUGCCAACAACAUGCUUUUGUUUGAGACGUCGGCAAAAGAUCCAAAAGAAAGUGACCACGUGGAAUCCAUUUUUAUGUCUCUUGCAUGCAAGCUGAAGGCGCAAAAAACAUUGACAUUCCAGGAGAUGGCGAAAAGAGAUAAAAAAGUUCAUGCCUCGCAAUCAAACACUAGGAGUACAUGCCCAUGUUGAGUGGCUUAGAAUGAGGAGGUGAGAAUGGAAGCUGUUAGACUGUGCCUGUGUCAGUUUGUUAAAACUGUUUGCUUGUACUUCAAUGUAUACAAAAUUUGAGAAAAUAAUUUUGGAGUUCCUAAGACCAAAAACACCCAAUUAAUCAAAGUUGUUUUGUAACUAUCUAUAACCUUUCAAUGAUUUCCAAUAAACGUUACAAUUUAGAAAGUAUCUUGUGAAACACUGCCACAUUUGUAAAUAUGCAGUGAUGUGCAAGCUGAUAUGCUGGUGAGGUUGCCUUCCCAACUGUAUAGUUAAAAGUUCUGGAUGCAUGAAAUAUAAGGGCUAUUCCCAUAAUCAUAUGCUAUCAAUGGAAAAUCACGUUUAAAGUGUAUACAGGUUAGAGAUAAGGCAACAACAUGUAACCCUGAUGCUCAGUCUGUGCUCCCUGUUGGGUGCAUUGUAUUGUGGAAUUAGUACAAGUCUGUGCUUUGAUGUCACCAGUGGCUCGAGUUUUGAACCAUGCUGUUCUAGGAACUGCUAGUCUUUUAAAUAUUCUGUCUACCCUCCAAAAGGCCAGUGUAUGUUGAGAGUCAGAAUUUUUGAAUGGAUAAGUGUUGAAUUCAGUUGAUCUUUUUUUAUUACUUAUAUGUUAAAGUGAUUUUACAGGAAGGAAUGUUAUUUGUGGACAUCUCUUAAGAGGUCUCUGCUGAGAUUUCCAAUUCAAGGGAUCUCUGCUGAGCGUUCCUACAGAUUCUCAGUUUCAACCUCUUCUAUUGAUUUGCUUGAAGUCUGGUCCAGCAUCACUGGAAAAAUUGGAUAAGCUUUGAGUGAAGCAAAAGCAAUUAAAGGUAGACAUGGUGAUGAAGAAACCAUGUCAAAUGUCUCACCUUGAAUUGUGACAAAAAUAUUGCCAGACUAAUUAAUUAUAAUCUUGAGAAAGAGCAAUAAUCUUUCUCAACAUUUGACAGAAAGGCAGUUAUUAGAUUGUUCAUGGUAUUCUGAGGAGUGACUGAAUAAGGAAUAGCAGAAGAAUGAUUCACUUUUCAGCUUUGAUCAGUAUUCUUUAAAAUAAAUCUUAUGGUUACAGAAGACUGUGAUGGAGAAAUUAUUCAAGCAGUAUUCCACCUUUUGUAAAACUGAAGAAGAAAAAUUCAGUUUUAGAAAAUUCAAAGAAGUAAAUUCAAUGACUCUGGUGCUGGUUUUCUUAACAAAAGCCAGGAGUCAUCAUUCUGCAUACAACAUGACCCUCUUUCCACCCCCCCCCACCUUUCUUAUGUAUGAAACAGUUAUAUUUGCUGGCAUCAAAUCUGCCAGAUUCAAACUAGCAGAAUUCUUUUUCUUUAGAAAUGUGGCAAAAUUUCUGAACAGCAUAAGGUACCACAAGUUUAUUCUGGGGAUAGACAUGUUGACUGGUGGAUUUAGGAAAACAGUGGAAGACCUUUCUCUUCUGUUGCUUUCUGUUUCUGUCUCCUCCAGACCCUGAGCGCUUGCAGACUAUUUGAACUGCUAGUGUGAAAUAUAUCAUUACAUUUCUGUGCUAAUUAACCAAUAUUUGACACCAAUGUCAGACAGAUGCAUUAGGCUGUACAUUGGUGUUAGGCCAAACAGGACUGUUGUUUACUGAGGUCUUGAGACAGAUGAUGGUGCUGGAGUUGAAUCUAAAGUACAUGUUAGGGAUGUUGUGCUGAUGGAAGUAUUGUACUGUAGUUCAUGUAAAUUCUUUACUAUUGACAUGCACUGAGAAAGCAGUGUGUAAAUCUUCUUCUUGUAACUUAAUACAAUGUAAUCUGUUUCUAAUUUAAAACUCCAAUGAAAAGCUAAGAAAAUAAAAUAUAAUGGAAUCAGUUUGAAAACUAUUCUUUUUCAAUCUUUGGGAUGAAGAAAUAAUCACAGUAAGAGCUGUAAUGGGUUGUAGUCCCGGAUGGGAAUACUUGACCUUAUA